GAUUUCAAAACGACGUCACUUUUGCUCACAUUAUCUUCAUCUUCUUCUUCAUCGAACUGCGGAGGCACUUAGCAGCAGUAGCAGAAAUGGCUACCACUUCUGCUUCAUUCGCUCGCUUCUCCGUCAUAUCGCGACCUUCUUCGUCAAAUCCCCAAUUCAUCCUCUUCAACGCCGCUCCCCGAACCGGAACCCCUCAUUCCCGAACCGGUUCGGCCCGGUUCAGGUGCUUGGCCGGCCAGACCGGGUUCUUCACGAAACUAGGGCGGUUGAUAAAGGAGAAGGCGAAGAGCGACGUGGAGAAGCUCUUCUCGGGAUUCUCCAAGACCCGCAGCAACCUCGCCGUCAUCGACGAGCUUCUCCUCUAUUGGAACCUCGCCGACACCGACCGCGUCCUCGACGAACUCGAAGAGGCUCUUUUAGUGUCCGAUUUUGGACCAAGAAUCACUAUUAAAAUAGUGGAGAAUUUGCGUGAGGAUAUAUUUUCAGGGAAGCUUAAAUCAGGGAAUGAGAUAAAGGAAGCACUGAAGAGGAACGUUUUGGAAUUAUUAACUUCCAAGGGGAGUAAAACUGAACUUCAACUUGGAUACAGGAAGCCAGCUGUAAUAAUGAUAGUUGGUGUUAAUGGUGGAGGGAAGACUACAUCUUUGGGAAAGCUGGCCUAUAGAUUGAAGAAUGAAGGGGCUAAGAUAUUGAUGGCAGCUGGUGAUACAUUUAGAGCAGCUGCUAGUGAUCAGUUGGAAAUAUGGGCCGAAAGGACUGGGUGUGAGAUUGUUGUGGCUGAAUCAGAGAAAGCGAAAGCAUCAUCAGUGCUUUCACAGGCUGUAAAAAAGGGAAAAGAGCUAGGUUUUGAUAUUGUAUUAUGUGAUACAUCUGGGCGUUUACACACUAAUUACAGCCUAAUGGAAGAGUUGAUUUCCUGUAAAAAGUCUGUUGCUAAAGUCGUUCCUGGUGCACCUAAUGAGAUUCUACUGGUUCUGGAUGGGACUACCGGUUUGAAUAUGUUGCCACAAGCGAGAGAAUUCAAUGAUGUUGUGGGUGUUACUGGUUUAGUUUUGACCAAACUGGAUGGUUCUGCUAGAGGUGGCUGUGUGGUUAGCGUGGUUGAUGAGCUUGGAAUCCCUGUAAAAUUUGUGGGUGUUGGUGAAGGUGUUGAAGACCUUCAACCUUUUGAUGCGGAAGCCUUUGUCAAUGCCAUUUUUAUGUAAACCAAUAUUGUGGGUUUGAAACAGCUUGACAUGGAAUAUUCAGAGCAACACCAGGUCACAGGAAAGAUGGCACUUGAUUAUGGAAACCGUUAUUUGGGGGUGGGGGGCAAGCAUUGCGAAUAAGUGUACAUGAUUUUGAGGUGCAGAGCUGUUGCUUGAGGAACGCUGAGUAUUUUGCAUGCUGUAGCUGGAAGAUUCUGACGCGAUGCAAAUGAGAAAUGGGGUUUAUAAUCACUCCUGUUUAUGAACAGAAGGGUUUUAUUGUGGUGUGCGUGUAGAUGAUACUUAGAAAGGAAAAUGUAAACAGUAAACACAUUGCUCCAUUGUCUGUCAACUUCUGAUUAAUGACAAAUUUUUAUUUCUUUGACCUCUUAACGAGGUUAACCUACUAUAUUUAUGGUGAGAAAUAAUCAAUUAUCUGUCUAUGGGGAAAACAAAGCAAUAAAUAGUUUAUUCUACUUU